AUGUCACAAAGGGAACGCGAAAGAGCAUUGCGAGACACUUCCUAUUUCCGCGUCUCCUACUGUCACCCAAACGUGCCGCUCCCAUGGUAACGAAAAAACUGCAGUUUGACUGAGGACCACACGACAGCCGUACAAUGUCUGCUUUCGUCAACUGUCUUUCUGAAGAAGACCAGGAGUUCUACGAAAUCAAAAACGCAGCUGCGGAGUUUUACCGGGCGAACAGAGUGCCCGAGGAGCUUGAGAAAGCCCUGGGAGAGCUUUUCUUCCAGAACCCCGAGGACGUCCACGGUUACCUGGCAAACUAUUUCACAAACCGCUCAUCGCAACCACUUAUCAGCCGAUUGAAUGGAAAGGAGGUCUAUGAUUCAAGAGGGCAACUGUGUGCUGAGGCUGAAGUGUUUUGCAUCAUCUGCAAUAAGGAAAAGAGGACGUCCUCUGCCGCCAUUUCAAGCCAUCUUGGGCAAAAGGAGACUUUCUCAAACUGGCAAGCAAAAAGUGAGGAGAGAGCGCACCAUGUCAUGACUGCUGUCCAGUGGAUAGCUGAACCUCUGAAUCUCAUGCUGAAAGGACAGACCCCUUGCGACCAAUCAGAAGUUGACCAGAAACUCAGCAAUUUCUUCAUGGCCCGCCAGCAGGAGGAGAAAGAAAUGAAGGAAAAGGAGGAGAGUCCUUCUUCUGGUGAACAGGAGGUUGAAAUACCGUCCCCGCCACCUGAAAAGAAGAAAGAAAAGAAGGCUGAUAAAAAAAAAAAAGGCGCUUCAGAGAAGCCAUUUUGUCCGGCAGAGCCACCUGAACCAGUGCUACCGGGGUGCUUGGCCAUUGGCUCAGUGUCUCUUGCGGUGGCCAAGAGUGGGGCUGAGAUCAAGGGCAUUCCUCUCUACAAAUACAUCCGUAACCUAAAGAACCCAGAGGAUCAAGAUGGAUUUCACAUUCCUAUCUCCCUGGUAACUUUAUUAAGCUGUGGGAAGAUGUCUCCCGGAAAACUCAACUUGCUUGAAGAGGUCAUACUGAUCCCCAAUGCAGGACAACAAGUCAAACAAAUCAUCACAAUGACAACACAGUUACAGAAGGAAAUGAUGAGAAUAUUGAGCGCUUCAUCAAAAGCUGGGGUCACCCAGGCCAUUCUGAGCGAGAAUGGUGUGCUUCCUAUGAGCUAUGAUCGUCCGGAACAAGCUCUCGAUCUGAUCUCCGAAGCCUGCAAUAACCUUGCAUUAGCACUCGGAACGGAGAUUCAUCUGGCACUGAGCUGUGCUGGCCCCGACCUCAUGGACUAUACCAAAGAAAAGUAUGAGAUUGCAACAGGAGGUUUUAAGUCUGCAGACGAACUGGUGACGAUGUAUCAAAACCUUGUCAGCAAAUAUACUGCGGUGGUCGCUUUAAUCGACCCAUUCAGGAGGGAGGACAGAGAACAGUGGGAGAAACUGAGCACUGUGAUUGGACAAUCGUGCGUGCUGCUCUCUGAUGCUACCUACAAGCCACAAGCUACGCCUCUUCCUGGAGUCACAGGUCAUUUCCUAAAACACAUCAAUGAGAUGACUGUCAGCGACUUGAUCCGCAUCACAUCCGAGCAACAAGGUACACUUCUAUUGGGGAAAUCUAGCAAUGAGUCCUGUGAUGACAAUUCUCUGUCAGACAUAGCGGUGGGUCUGGGUCUGGACUAUGUCAAACUGGGAGGUCUGACCAGUGCCGAGACGAUGACUAAAUACAACAGGCUGCUUUCUAUUGAGGAAGAACUGUCUCAACAGGGGAUCCUGGUCCCGAAGGACCAACAUUCCCUGCCGCUGUUCCAUGAAACGGAGGAGGAGGAAGUCUGAACGGGACCAUUUUCUGGUCCUAUGCCACCAUAGCACACACAUUUCUUGUGCUUCCUUCAAUUAACCACUUUCUGUCGACUGCUUUCAACAGUAACUCAUCACAUUUACUACUUUUGCGUCUUUUCUCAGGGUUACGCAUACCAUACAACAAUGUACUAGCUGUGCCAUUGAUAUAUUUUAACAGCUUAGUACAUUUAGCCCAAUAAUACAUCCAUCCAUCCAUCAUC